CCCAUGUAAAAUGUUUUAUAAAAUUAUUUAUUAUAAUUAUUAAAGUCACAGAGGAGGUGCAUGACUUGUAUAAAAGGAAUCGCCAUUCGACCAUGUGCAUUUAUACAGUCAUAGAACUCUGUGACUCAUGAUAUCCUUAUAUUUUGCAACCGGAGAUACAAUAUGAUUGGGGCGGACACUAGCCAAGCUAUCCUGAAAAGAGCUUGAUCCCAAGGCAAUAUUAUUUUUAUUGGUGUUAAUAUAUAUAUAAUGGGAUAGCAAAAAAUCUGUAGCCCCUAAUUUGGUGAAAGUAAUAGUAGACCUGUCUGCCAUAAAAAAAAAUUCUCCACUGCAGUAAUUAUAUCCUCAACUUUAAUAUCUUCAGGGGGACAUAACUGAAAAUGAUAUAUAGUAUUUUAAAGUCACAAAAUCAGUAGGUAGAUAAAAAUGACAAUGUAUUUACGGAAUGUUUUUUAUUCAUUUAGCUUUCCAUUUCAGUUACUGCUUAAUUCUGGAGCCCCCAUAUCCAGUGGGUACCCCGGUCCAGAUACUGGACUUGUGGGAGGUCUAUGAAGACAGUUUUACAGGAAGGAGAUUUUAUGUCCAUUCCAUUAGCAAAGAGAGAAAAUGGAAGCCACCAAGAUCAGUUCCACCGGUUCCACCAAAAAAUAAUAUAAAGGCACUUUCAGAGACCUGUAAUGAAACAUUAGGUUCAGACACCAAAACUACCGGGCCUGUUCAAAUGAGGAUCAGGAAUGCUAAUCUGAAAUUGGAAAGAGGUUGUCAAGCAAAGUCAUUGGUCCUUGGAGAGGCUGAUGGAGCUACUAAACCAAUCUCCCGCCAUAGAAGAAAUCACUCACAACAAUUUGUGUUAGAGAACGCUGUCACAAAAAAUAUUUUGGUAAACCUUAAUAAGGAAGGAUUUUUAAAUAAAACCAAAAUAGCAGACAGGGGCAAAAAAUUAAGGAAAAAUUGGGUUACAUCAUAUACUGUGCUCUCUGGUCUAAAACUGGAGUUCUAUAAAGACGCAAAAGAUCAAGCUGCAUCAAACUUGAAGUCAAGUAAACUAGAAUGCAUAGAUCUGCAUGGAGCUUCCAUAGAAUGGACAAAUGAAAAAUCCAGUCGGAAAAACGUAUUUCAGAUCACAACGUUAUCAGGAAAUGAGUUCCUUUUCCAGUCAGAUGCAGACAUUACAGUCCAGGAAUGGUUUCGUGCAAUCAGAAACACAAUUGACAGUUUGGGAACAGAAAAAAAGAGUCCUCCACUGCAUAAUAAUAUUCAGAAAACUUCAAGUGUAGAACUUUUACAUCUAGAAGGUGAAACCACCAAAGAACAGAAAAACGAACAACGAAAAUCACUGAUAUUUAAAUUAAACUACAGUGCAUCAGACACCUCUGAGCGAAACCGGGUGAAAACCAAACUGAAGAAGUUUAUCUCCCGACGACCCUCCUUGAAAACUCUUCAAGAGAAGGGAAUUAUUAAAGAUCAAGUGUUUGGCUGUCACCUGGAGACCCUCUGCAAAAGGGAAAAUACAACAGUUCCACACUUUGUAAAACAAUGUAUCGAGGCUGUUGAGAAAAGAGGAAUGGAUGCUGAUGGGAUAUACAGAGUCAGUGGGAACCUGUCCACAAUACAGAAACUAAGAUUUAUUGUAAAUCAGGAAGAGAAGCUGAAUUUGGAUGACAGCCAGUGGGACGACAUCCACGUUGUCACCGGAGCACUCAAGAUGUUUUUCCGAGAGCUGCCUGAGCCCCUGUUCCCAUACCGCUUCUUCGAGCAGUUUGUAGAAGCAAUAAAACUGCAGGAAAGUGAUCUUCGUGUGAAAGCUAUGAGAGAGCUUGUAUGGAAAUUACCCCCAGCCAACUGCAAUACCAUGAAAGUUCUUUUCGAACAUCUCAGAAAGAUUGCUGUCGAUGCAUCUGUGAACCUUAUGUCAACACAAAGCCUAGGAAUUGUUUUUGGACCAACUCUUCUUAGACCAGAAAGUGACAUGGGAAAUAUGGCAGUUUGCAUGGUUUACCAAAAUCAGAUAGUUGAACUUAUGCUAACUGAAUUUGAUGAUGUAUUCUCUUAAAAAGAAAAGCUUUACUAAGCAGCAGUGGUAUCCAAAUGCUUAUAUGGAUCAUGGAUGUCUGCUUGUUUUAGAAUAAUAAGAAAAUUCACAAAACAAUCUUCAGAUAGAUGACAACCUCUUUAUAAUUUGGUGGAAAGGCCCUGGUCCAUUUUAACUGUAUAUGAUUUAAGAGUUAAUAUUGAUAAUUAAACCCCGCCUACACAUCUUAUUUUUGGGGUGGUUGUGUCCAUUAGACAUACUUAUACCCAACUGCCUGGUGAAGUACUGGAAUUUUUUAAAAAUCAAGUAAACAAAUCACCGCUGAAAACCAACCCAGUAUCUUUUGGCAGUCAUGUUAUUUGCUUUUCUUAAUCCCCACAGAUCCUGCUUCAGCCUAUAUUUAGGUACAUUUGGGUCCAUAUCAGUGUAUCAAGAUGUUAUAAUCAUUAUCCUAAAACCUCAGUCUAGAUACAGUACGUUUUGAAAAAAAUAAAUUAACAAAUACAACAGCCCCCUACCCAAUUUUGGAUCCUGAGCUCAUUAAUGAGGAGGGUAGAUUCCAUAAGUUAACAAACAUAUAAAAAAUCUAUCUGCAAGCAACUUUGUCUGUUUAGGUGUUAAGUGUCCAAAGAAAGUGUAAGAUAAACACAAUUCUCAAUUCCUUCUUACCCUCAAAAUACUAAGGGGGGGAUUAUGAAAGACAGCCCUUCCUGUGUUUCAUAAUCUUAUAGGGAUAUGGGCACAUGGUCACUCUCAUUGAUAACUGGCUGAACCUGGGUUAAAGAUCACAUGUAAAGUUCCCAGUAUAAUUCCUCCUUGCAGAAGGAAUAAAAGGAAUAAAAGGAAUUCUGGGGAAAAGGCCUACAAUCCCUCCUAGAAUUUACAUUUACACUGAAUACUGUGCAGGCUGAAUCUCACUUACAGACCACUAUUGCUUUCAUUGGGGCUCAUCAGGUAUGGGACCUGUUAUCCAGAAUGCAGACUAUGGGGUUUGCUGGAUAAUGGAUCUUUCCAUAAUUUGGAUCACCAUAAUUUUAGUCUACUAAAAAUUAUUUAAACAUUAAAUAAACCCAAUAGGAUUGUUUUACAACCCAUAAGGGUAGACACAGCUUAGUUUGGAUCAAUUAAAAUGGACUGUUUAUUAUUUCAGAGAAAAAAGAAGAAGAAGUUUUAAAAAUUUGACUUAUUUGAUUAAAAUGGAUUCUGUGGAAAAUGGCCUUCCUGUAAUUCAGAACUUUCUGAAUAAUGGGUUUCCAAAUAAUGGAUCUCAUACCUUUACAAGGUUUUCUGGUCAGCAGAUGCAGAUCCAGGGCAUACAAAUGAGGAUGGUGUCUUCUCAAAAAUUCUUUUCUCGAAGACAAGUAAUAGUGAGAGACGCUCAUGCUAAAUUAAAUGUGUUGAGGGGUCACCUCUGAACUCUUGUUCCUCUGACAAAUUGGAUGGCAGGAUGAGUAAUUAUUAGAUGAUGGUACCCUGCCAAGGCUUGAAAUAUAUCCCACACAUUUGUUUUUUUUUGUUUUUUUUUGGAAAACAAAACAUUUCUAAAGUGUCAAAAUACAGUUGUGAUAUGAGGAACCAUAAUUCAGUAUUACAUUUCAAUAAAUCAGAGUGCUGCACAACUGCACCUUAUAGUUAAUUGUGUAUAUUUAUCUUCAUCAUCUAUUUUAUAUUUGCUUUACCUCCCUGAAUUAUAAAAACAUAUGCAGGUUAUAACUGGAUGAAUGGUUAUAGCCUUAACAAAAGUGUUCAAACCAUAGAACGUGCAAAAUAAUCUAUAGCAUGGUGUUCUACACGGCAUAUAGCAAACUGUUUAUUUUGGCUCUUCCAGCAGAGUGGGAGUUGACAUCUCCUGAUCUUCUUCCCGAUGAUUGGCAUAUGAUUAGCAACACCAUGGGCACAGUCAGCAGAACAGAUGAUGUUUUAACUAAUGACUCCCACAUACCAAGUCUAAACAUUGUACUGUCUUCAAUAAUGUACAACAUUGUUCUUUUUUAAUAUACACUUUGCACAAUACUCUUAGAUAUUAAAGCUUGUUUACAAUUGAACACUUCUAAAUAUGCCUUAUCAUAAGAGAAAAAUAAGUGUAUUUUAAAGAAAAAUUGAAGAGCUAAGAAUCCAUUUUUUAGCUGUUAUUUUGGGUUUUACCCCAUUACUUACAUACACAGUAUAAAGUAGUGAUGGGUGGAUUUGCAUCGCUGAAAAAUUUGCGAAUUUCCCACGAAAUUCGCGAACCAGCUAAAAAUUCACGAAACAAAAUUUUUGGACGCCAGCAAAUUUUCACUGCCGUUUACCGAAUUUAUUGCUAGUAGCGAAUCGCGCAAAUUUGCUGCGAAUUUGCGCCUGUCGAUUAAAUUCGCCCAUCACUAGUAUAAAGUCAUUUUAAAGUUAAACUGAGUCAUUUUUGACUCUCGCUACAGAAAUGUAAAUACUGUAUAACUCAGCAUUCUAUGAACAUCAAAGGGGUCUUUGAUUUGAAAAUAAUAAACAAUCUAAUGCUAAGUUUUUUAAUUUCUGCACAGUCCACUAAGGUUCAUUAGCUGUUUAAGAGCUCUGUAUGAAAUAAUGUAUCCAAAAAGAAAAAACAUUUUUUUGUGUGUAUUUUAAACGAGUAACUCUGUUAUGACUGUAAUAAAGGCGGUUUUCAAUAAAAUAUGCUUCUGUGA